UUCUGAAAUACUUCCUUCAAAAAAUCGGAGGAAAAAUUUGACUUAAAAUAACCAAAAGUAAACCUUAAUAAAAUGCUUAGCUUUGAUACAGCAGAUAAAUUAGCUACUGUCGGAUUAAGUGUUUCAAGUAUCUUGUUCUAUAUAUUUUACAACCGCUACAAACACCAUCAAUUGUCAGCUGAUCAAGUCAAGGCUGCAGUUGAUGUUGAAUUAGGAAGUGAUUUAAAACGUAGAUUACAAGGAUGUGAAGAUCACAAAAUAGCGUACGCUAAGAUAGAGGGAGUAGUUACAAGUCUUGGUAGAACUUUAUUCAGUCAGUAUGACUCUACCAAGGAAGGUGUUCUUGUCAAUGCAACACUUGAGGAACUUAAAUCUAGAAGAGUUAAUGGAUUUUGGUCUGAUGUAAGGAAGGUGUUGAGAAGUAUUUAUGAAUGUGUACCAUUUGCUCUGACAACUGACUAUGAAGUUGGAAGUGAAAUAUAUAUCACUGAUGUAGCUGAUGCUGACUUUCUCAUGGAUGAUUUAUCUGUAACAUAUGACAGAUAUCAACCAAAUAAUGCAUCAUUGUUACAAGUUGGUCUGGAUCGAGUUCUUGGAGAUAUAUCUAAGGGGUUACAUGAGAAAGAACGGAUGCUGCUAGUUGGAACUCAUCUGGUGGGAUUUGGAGAAGUGUUUAUGGAGAAUGGUAAAGUAAAAUUUGGACCUGGACAAGGGACUAAAUAUAUAUUAACAAAACUGAGCAAAAAUGAGGUCAUUAAAUCAUUAAAGUCACAAUCUACAAUAUUUAAAGUUUUAAUGGUUAUCUGGGGUUGUUUCAGCUCUGGAUUUCUGAUUUAUCUUAUUUGGAAACACACCAAAAAGUAUACAGAAGAACGCAGGAACAGACAGAUAUUUGAAGAGGCUAGAUUGGGGUUAACUAAUGCUGAGAGAAGUGGAGAGAACAGCGAAUGUGUAAUAUGUUUGGAAAAUCCAAGAGAUAUUGUUAUUUUGAACUGUGGUCAUGUAGCUAUUUGCUCAUCGUGUGCCCAAAUGUUACCAACUCAACUGUGCCCUGUUUGUAGAAAUCACAUAGAAAAAUUUGUACCAUUAUACCAGUCAUAGAGUUCCAUUCUUAGUUUUCUAUGCUACGCCUUAUUGUUUUUCAAUAAUUACAACUGAUAAGUCCAACUGAUGAAUAUAGACACUUUACUGACCAAUUUUAAGACUUUAUAAGAUUGAUGUAUUCUUGUAAAUAAACUGAUUUAUCUAAAAAUUAGAUAUAAUAAAAAUUAAUUAAUACAUAUUAUUUUAUAAAACACUAAUGGGUUCCUAUAAUUUUUUUCAACUUAACCUAUUGCAAACACAUGAAAAUUUAUGGUGAAAAAUCUACAGUAAUCAAUCGAUUUAACAGAAAUAGCUAUCCCAGGCUGGAAUAGAUGCAGAUGUUUUGGUCUAGUCUUAUGGGUGAUAUAUAUCAAUAAUAUCAUUUAUACAAUGCUAACUGAUUAAAAAUGAUUUCAUUAAUC